UCUCUGCAGGUCCUACCCCGACGAGGAAGGCCCGAAGCACUGGUCGAGCGCCCGCUACGAGUACGUGAUGAAGCUCAGGCAAGCAGCCUUGAAGGCUGCCCGGGACAUGUGGGCCGACUACAUCCUGUUUGUUGAUGCAGAUAACAUCCUGACGAAUCCAAACACCCUGAGCUUGUUGAUGGCAGAGAAUAAGACUGUGGUAGCACCCAUGCUGGAUUCUCGCGCCGCCUAUUCUAAUUUCUGGUGUGGAAUGACUUCUCAGGGUUAUUAUAAGCGCACUCCUGCCUACAUUCCUAUUCGGAAACGGGAUCGACGUGGCUGCUUUGCCGUCCCCAUGGUGCAUUCCACUUUUCUUAUUGACUUGCGGAAAGAGGCCUCCCGGGACCUUGCUUUCUACCCACCGCACCCUGAUUACACCUGGUCUUUUGAUGACAUCAUUGUUUUUGCAUUUUCCUGUAGGCAGGCAGAAGUCCAGAUGUUUGUUUGUAACAAGGAGGUUUAUGGCUUUCUUCCGGUGCCGCUAAGAUCCCACAGCACCUUGCGGGAUGAGAUGGAGAGUUUCAUGCAUGUCCAGCUAGAAAUCAUGGUGAAGAACCCUCCAGCAGAGCCUUCACAAUAUAUAUCUGUCCCACCCAAGAUCCCCGACAAGAUGGGCUUUGAUGAGGUUUUCAUGAUUAACUUGAAGCGCCGGACAGAUAGACGAGACCGAAUGCUGCGAACGCUGUACGAGCAGCAGAUUGAGUGCAAAAUUGUUGAAGCGGUGGAUGGCAAAGCUAUGAAUACCAGUGAGGUUGAAGCUCUGGGAAUUAAAAUGCUGCCAGGUUAUAAGGAUCCAUACCACGGCCGUCCACUCACCAAAGGAGAGUUGGGUUGUUUCCUCAGUCACUACAAGAUCUGGAAGGAGAUUGUUGAGAGGGGGCUGGAGAAAUCAGUAGUGUUUGAGGAUGACUUGCGCUUUGAGAUCUUCUUCAAACGGCGCCUGAUGAAUCUGAUGCAUGACUUGGAAGAGGAGGGAUUGGACUGGGAUCUGAUUUACAUUGGGAGGAAGCGGAUGCAGGUAGAGCAUCCUGAAAAGUCUGUGCCUCACGUGCGGAACCUCGUGGAAGCCGAUUAUUCCUACUGGACUUUGGCCUAUGUGAUUUCACUACAGGGAGCUCAAAAGCUGCUGGCAGCUGAGCCGCUCUCCAAAAUGUUACCUGUUGAUGAAUUUCUUCCGGUCAUGUUUGACAAGCAUCCUGUCUCUGAUUACAUGAAGCAUUUUGAAAAUCGGAAUUUGCUGGCCUUUUCGGUGGAGCCGCUAUUAGUUUAUCCAACUCACUAUACUGGUGAUGAUGGCUACAUCAGUGACACAGAGACCUCAGUGGUGUGGAACAAUGAGAAAAUAAAGACUGACUGGGAUCGUGCCAAAUCCCAGAAAAUGAAAGAGCAGCAGGAGCUAAGAAAUGAGGCCAAGAACUCGGAUGUGCUACAAUCCCCUCUUGACAGUACAGCUCGAGAUGAGCUAUGACCAGAUCGAGCCUACUGCAGGGGAUGGACAAAAGGACUGGCUUGUAGGGAGGAGCGGGGGUAGAUGACGAGAAAAGGUAUAACAUUCUU